AUGUCAGACCACGAAAGUUUUGAGAGCGCGCACCACGAGGAGACCCCAAUCAGAGCCGUGGAAACAUUUGAGUUGAACGACCACCGCGCGGUUGAGGAGUCCAGGGCUGGCAACGAAUGUGCCAUUGUUGAAGAGCCGGGUGCUUCUCAUGCUGACCCUUCACGUCCACCACAAUUGCAAUCGCAGUCACAUGCCAACCCCAAUUCUGCUGACGUUUCCAGAAGAAAACUGGGCAGGAAAAGCUCCACUUCAGAAAAGCCCUCCUUCAUGACCAGCUUGAGAAGAGAUUUUUACUUGAAAGAGGACGAUGAUGUCGUUCCCAUCAUCAACAACUCUCACACCAAGUCGCGGCGCAGAUCGACUUUGGAAGGAUUGUCCCCCGUGAUCAAAAAGAAGACCAUGCGCAGCAACUCCAACAAUUUUGAAAAUGACUUGGUGAGCCCCAUGACCAAGAUCAAAACCAUCGAGAGCCUCAAUGGAGACGAAAAGGCGAGAAGAGGCUCGAGAUCCCUGAUUGACUCGGACGACUCGCAAGCCUCGAGAUCUUCACAAGAAACUGAAGAGGAUGUCUGCUUCCCCAUGGACCGUGAACACAUUAGAAUCAAUGGUAUCGACUUUGACGAAAUUGACGAGUUUAUCAAGGAGGAAAGAGCUGAAACGGCCAUGCAGCAGGAGUUUUUAUCCAAAAAUAAGCUGGUGUUGGAGGCGCAAACUGAAAAGAGCAGAAGCGCUUCUUUGAGCAGACCCAAAUCCUCGAGCCAUGCUGCCAUGAAGUAUACCCCCAAAAACAUUUUGAAAACUUUUUCGAGAUUUGAAGAAGUGCAAGAUACGGAAACUACUAGCUCCUCCGAAGAAAUCAAGUACAAAAAAGAAGCGGCUAUGGUCGAUGACGCUUCCUCUUUGGAGCAGGUUAAAUUUGGAGGUGCCCGUAUUUCGGACGGCUCUAAUGGCACCUUACCCGAGAGAUUUUCAUUUUUCCACUCGGAAUCAGAGGAGACUGUCCACGCACCCGAUAUCCCCUCAUUGGUCAAGGAUGGGCAAUCUAUCCGCGAAUUGUUUCGCGAUGGCCGCGAGACUUGGUGGUUGGACUGCACCUGUCCCACUGACGCCGAGAUGAAGAUGUUGGCCAAGGCGUUUGGUAUCCAUCCUUUAACGGCUGAAGAUAUCAGAAUGCAAGAAACUCGUGAAAAAGUGGAGUUGUUCAAAAGCUACUACUUUGUAUGUUUCCACACGUUUGAGCCCGAUAAGGAGUCCGAAGACUAUUUGGAACCCAUCAAUGUCUACAUUGUUGUGUUUCGCGAUGGUAUUUUGACGUUUCAUUUUUCGCCAAUCUCGCACCCGGCGAAUGUCAGGAGAAGAGUGCGUCAGUUGAGAGACUAUGUCGACGUUACUGCCGAUUGGUUGUGUUAUGCCAUGAUUGAUGACAUUACCGAUAGCUUUGCCCCCGUGAUCCAUGGCAUUGAAUACGAGGCAGAUGCCAUUGAGGAUGCCGUCUUUGUUGCUAGAGACACCGAUUUUGCCAACAUGUUGCAAAGAAUCGGUGAGCUGAGAAGAAGAGUCAUGACAUUGAUGCGGUUGCUUUCGGGCAAAGCCGAUGUGAUUAAGAUGUUUGCAAAGAGAUGCCAAGAUGAGUUGGCCAUGGGUUAUCAUAGACAACGGCAAUUGCAACAGCAGCAGCAACAACUACAACAACAACAACAACAGCAGCAGCAGCAGCAGCAGCAACAACAACAACAACAGCACUAUGGAUACGCUCAGCCUAUGGCAACGUUUGCUCCUGGCAGUGAAGCCGCUUCAUUUGGCCCCAGUUCAGCAGCAGCAGCAAGUUUCCCAUCCUCAUCGUCGCAAUCUCCUCCACCUGCUCCGCCUCCACUUCCACCUCAACCCCCACAGUCCAAUUGGGCUCAAAACGCUUCUGAAAACGCCAGACCUAGAGCCGAUAUUGCCUUGUACCUUGGUGAUAUUCAAGAUCACAUCAUCACCAUGUUUCAAAACUUGCUUGCUUAUGAAAAGAUCUUGAGUCGUUCGCACUCGAAUUACUUGGCCCAGUUGCAAGUUGAAUCGUUCAACUCCAACAACAAGAUUUCCGAGAUGUUCUCCAAAGUGACCAUUAUCGGUACCAUGCUCGUGCCACUCAAUUUGGUCACUGGUAUGUUUGGUAUGAAUGUGCAUGUCCCUGGUCAAGACGACGACACCUUGGCGUGGUUUUUCGGAAUAUUGGGGGUCUUGGUUGUGGUGAUUGCGUUUGCUAUCUUUAUUUCCAACUGGUGGUUGAGGCGGAUGAACCGGAAGUUGAACAGCGAGCCUAGACCUAUUUUUAACAGUCGCAGAAGCAUCAGAAGCUUGGGAUUAAAGAGACACAGUGCUAAGUCUAUCAUUAGUUUCCCCAAUAAGGAUGAUUGA